AUGGAACGUUGGGAGGGUAAAGUGGCAAUAGUGACAGGUGCCAGUAUUGGUACAGGACCCACUUUAAUGAAAGCUUUGGCCGAGAAAGGGAUGAAGGUAGUAGGCUUGGCGCGUCUCACGCACCGCAUCCAGGACCUCGGCUCCACUCUCACCAACGCAUGCGGUCAAAUCCUGGCGUUAAAAUGCGACAUAACAAAGGACGAAGACGUUGUCAAAACUUUCAAUUAUAUUUUAGAAAAGUUGGGGCCAGUUCAAGUCCUAAUCAACAAUGCUAGCUUAAGCCGGUCCACAACUCUCAUAGGUGACGCUCCCGAACCGCCAUUUCGUAUCUAG